GAGGUAUUGAGCCCGAUAGUUGGCCAGAUCAACGGUUUCGUGGCUAUGGCUCAAACAGCGUUGGGCGCAGUUCAACGAAAGCAGGGGAACUAUGCCGAAGCACAGAAGAAUCUUUUUGAGGGGUGGGAAGGUCGAAAACAAAUUUUCAGCAUCAAUGUCAACGUGUGCCUGGAUGCGGCCUUUCAGCUUGCCCUGUUACUCAGGGACAAAGGGGACGGGGCGUCAUGCCUGGAACUACUCGAAGAGGUCUCUAGUUCGUCGGUCCUACAACAGGACUUUGAGCGGCACUGCCAGAUGGUGCACAUUCGUUCUUUGGUCGAACUCGACAAUGGGGAAUACGACAUCCCCAAGUUUGCCCUCCUCAACCUCCUCGAUCAGGCCACUGGCAACAACCGAGACAGGAACAAUCGGGAAUUACUUUGGGUUCGCCUCACGCUUGCCGACGUCAUGGAGAAACACGGAGAAGAAAAGGACGCCUUGAUGUUGUUCUCAGAGCUUGUUGAGCCUCGAGAAGGAGAUGCAACUCAGCUGAUUGAUGAACCGGAGCCUCCCUCGCAGCUAGGUCUCGCUAGAGAUGCACUGAAACUUGUGAGAAAAGCUCAACUGAGCGAGAGUGACAAUCUUUUACGAUCAAAUAACCUUAAAUGGGUGCGAGACUCCGACUUCUGGAUCCUCGGCGAAGGCGGUCCCGUCACCGACACGGCAGUGAUUGCUCCGGUUCGAGAGUCCAAGAGGGAAGUUUCCGAAAGCCCACGAAAUAUGUCUACAAUCUUGAGGAUACUCGGCACCUGAGAGUGAUAGAGAGUCAAAAUAGUUUCAGUCUCGCACCGGGUAUGGAAUAAAAGGAUCUCACGAAAAUUGUCCUCGCCUCUAGCCUCUUUGUCGGGAAUAAAGUUAUUCAG